AUGUCCGCAGACACCGCCUCCGAUCGAGUGUACGUGGGAAAGCGCUUGCAAUUCACUAAUGGCUCCCGUCAGCUUGUCCGCUGCGGCACGCGCAAUAUCGCUGUCGUGUGCCAUCGCAAUGAGCUCUAUGCGAUCGACAAUGCCUGCUACCAUCACGGCGGGCCGCUGCUGCUUGGGGACAUUGAAGAAAUGGGCGGCCACCCAUGCAUUGUGUGUCCGUGGCACAGUUACAGGAUCGCACUGGACACCGGCGAGGGACUGUACUGGGGCAUUGAGUUUAACCCUAACGGCGGUAACCCGCAGCAGGCGGUUCGCUCAAAGGGCUGCAAGCAACGCGUCCACAAGGUCGUGGACUUGAACGGGGAAGUUUAUGUCCUGGUGGAUCUCAGUGGGCCCAAGCGGGAGAGCGACACGUACGCUUCAAUGGAACUGGCGAAUGGGGAGGCGCCCAUGAGCCUACCGGUCGACGGUAGAGCGCGCGGUUCGCGUGCGCCAGGCAUUCACAGCCAUGCCGGCGUUGAGCGGCGCAGCGGCCACGUCUUUCAGCACGUGGAGUUGCCCACUGCAGGCGGCGGCAGCACCGGCAGCGGGGGCACCAACCCGUUGGAUGAGACGCAGAAGACGCGGCUACCGAUGGGCCUCACAUUGCCGCCCAAGAUCAACCCCCCCGGCAGGACCUGCAGCAGCCCAACGACAAGCCUUAUGGUCUCCUGCAUCGCCAUCACCAACAUCUGCCCUGGUGUACGACAGUUUGACUUUGUCCACCACGCGGGAGCUCUGCUCCGGCAUGCGGAGCUUGGUGAGUACGUGGUGCUCGAGCUCCCAAUCAAGGAGAGACACCCCACUGGUGACGCCAACGUUGGGCAUUUCCCCUCCUCCUCCAUCACCGCAGCCGCUGCAGGGGAAGCGAUGCGGCGCCGCUGGACCAUCUGUGACGUGGGCCGCAAGGGCGGUCUCUUCAGCCUUAUCGUGAAGGCCACUAGCGCCGACACGCAGGCGAGCGGCAGCGCGUGGCUGCAUCACCAUUCACUGCACGUACCACUCCCCGUCGCUCGUGUUGGUGGCACCUUCACCUUCGCUGACCACCAUGACACCAUCCGCAGAGUGGGCGGCAGGGUGCUCUGGCUCACGGCAGGGGUCAGCAUAACGUCGGCCUACGCUUUCCUCAACUCCUCUCUCGGCGACUCGUUCUACGUAGAGACUUUGGAACCGCUGCAUGUAGCGCACCUGCAUGCGAACCACACUCUGGAGACGGUGCCAAAGCUGGACGAGUUCGUGCGGUGGCAACGGGAUUUCCCUCGCUCAGAAUUGGAGACGACCGAGAAGGCCAGCGGCGGAAGCGAUGCAAGGCAUCUCCGCAAAACGUAUGCGAUGGAGCUCUUCAUCACCCCAACCAAGGAUGCUGGUGCGGGGCGAGACAUAAGCACUGAAACGCCGCCACUGAACUCCUGCCCCGUCAUUCCCAUCACUCACCAUCGCCGCAUGCAGCCAGCGGAUGUUUUCUCGGCUGUUCAGAAGUACUUCAGCGCAGACAUGCCGCUGACAUACGUGUGCGGCCCUCAGGGUUUUGUGAAGGACUGCACCAAUGCACUUCUCUCGGCUGGUGUGCCGGAGUCGCUCAUCCUCACGGACGAUCCGUGA